GUGAUAAUUAAUUUUCCUGAUUUUGAUUUUUUGUGGUUGAGGACCUGAGAAUCCUUCCAAUUAUCAAGAAAGGACAUCCCUUUUCCUGGCCGCCGGGCUAUAAAAGCCCCUCUCAAGCCUCCCAUUCAAUCGGCACUGCGAAUGAGCGAAACCGUAAGAAACUCCUCCUUGUAACCCUCCCUCCGAGCUUCUUUGCUCUUCUCCGAGGCUCUCUUUGCCUCUAAUAAAUAAAAAUAAAUAAAAUAAAUAAUUGGUCCUCCCCUUCUCCUGCUACCUUUCCUAUAUAUAUUAGGUAGCCAUAUAUAUUUAUAAAAAAAGGACAAGAUGACGAUCCGUAUUGAGCAACAGGAGGCCGUUAACACCGCUGCUCCAGUUGCAGCAGUGGUGGAUCAGAAAAACAAAGUCGGAGAAGUAAAAGAGGAAUUGGUUUUGGAUGGUGGGUUUGUGGUGCCCGACAAAGUCGUCUCCAGCAAUGGAUUUGCAGCCCCCGAUAUUAACGCCUUUGGCAAUUCAUUUAGGAACUACAAUGCAGAGAACGAGAGGCAAAAGACGGUGGAGAAUCUUUACAAGCAGCAGCACAUUACCCAGACCCUUGAUUUCGUGAAGAAGAUGAGGGCAGAGUAUGGGAAGCUGGACAAGGCAGAAAUGAGCGUAUGGGAGUGUUGCGAGCUGCUCAACAGCGUGGUGGACGACAGCGACCCAGACUUGGACGAGCCCCAAAUCCAGCACUUGUUGCAGACCGCCGAGGCCAUCCGCAAGGACUACCCCAACGAGGAUUGGCUCCACUUGACCGCCCUUAUCCACGAUCUCGGGAAGAUUCUGCUGCUUCCUCAGUUCGGUGGGCUGCCCCAAUGGGCCGUGGUGGGCGACACAUACCCACUGGGUUGCGCCUUCGACGAGUCUAACGUCCAUCACAAGUACUUUGCAGAGAACCCGGACAGCAAGAACCCGGCCUACACCACCAAGAACGGAGUCUACAAGGAAGGAUGCGGCCUUGACAGUGUCUACAUGUCCUGGGGCCACGACGACUACAUGUACCUUGUCGCCAAGGAGAAUAAAACAACCCUGCCUUCUCCUGCAUUGUUCAUCGUUCGAUACCACUCCUUCUACCCUCUGCACAGGCACGGGGCGUACAAGCAGCUGAUGAACAAGCAGGACGAGGAGGAUAUCAAGUGGCUCCACAUCUUCAACAAAUAUGAUCUGUACAGCAAGAGCAAGGUCCACGUUGAUGUUGAUGCAGUCAAGCCAUACUACCAAUCUCUCAUUGCCAAAUACUUCCCAGGGAAGAAGCUGAGAUGGUGAUUUGGCUACGAAGAGGAGGAAGGAGGCUGAUGAUGUGUUUGGAUGGAAGAGAGUGGUGGUGACGACAAUGGAAGCCAUCUCCCUCUUUUGUUUUCUUCUUUUUCUUUUGCAAUAUCUCUUCUUCUUCUUCUUGUUGUUGUUGUUUUUUUUUUUUUUUUGAAGAGGGAGGGGCUUAAGUAUAAUUACUAAGCUUUUGUCGGAUGAAUGGAUGGCGUGGAAGAAAGUUUGCUCAUCACUCCCUCUCUUUCACUAUGUUAUUUGAUAUUUUAUUUUAUAACAAUAUAAUAAUAAUAAUAAUAUAUAUCUAAAGAUGAAAAAUAUCUAGGAAGAGUUGUCCUGUUUCUGGGUUUGCUUUCAAAAGAAUGAAGUAUGCUAAUUUGUCCAUCUCCCUCUCUUGGCCGUCCAUUUUGGUGUAUAGUUAAGAAGGAGCACUCAGAGAGAUAGCUUUCUUCCUUCUUGUGUGAAGGGUGGAAUUAAGGGAAGCUCAAGGUUUGCUGUCUUGAUGUGCGUGUGGAUUAGUGGAGCUUAUUCAUUGGGCGGCAGUCAUGGCGACAAUGAAACUCGCUAGGUUGGAUUGUAGGGUUCAGUGUGAAGCUAGAGAAGGCAUUUCCUUUUCGCUUAUAUAUUGCCGGUGUGGGAGAAUGUUAGCAAACGGAUGUUGAAAUCGAAUAGCUUCAUCAGUACGAACGAUACCGAAUAGUUUCAUUCGUCCAAACUCUAUUAGCUCCAUAACAAUCUAAUUGUAUGUUCUUUUAAAAUAACCACAAAUACAACUACUCAAUGGG